UCAGCCUCCAGCUUCUCCAAACUCAACGUUUGUGUGUGGUUUCUACUGUUUUGCCCAUGAACGCUUUCCCAAAUGGCACUCGAGUCUUCUACUGGGCAUCUGGCGGUGAAAUCAAGUACAAUACUGUGCAGGCCACCAACCAUAAUGCCGAUGGUACCCAGAUUGUGGUGGUGAAGGUAGAUGGGGAAGGCCACGCACAGUUACUGUGGGUGUCCUCCGCCGAUUCAUAACAGGCUGUUCGGAAUGAGAAGUGUUCUAUUUUUUUCUUCCAAUUGCAGACCUGUAAGCCGGGACCAUGCUGUAUUCGAGGAACAGCUGACUUCCUUCUAUCAAAUGGUCUGAUCAUGGCUACAAAACUAAGCAGGGUGAUUAAACUACUUCCUACUCUUACCUCACCUAUCAUAGCACCCAUUCGCAAACAGCUACUAAGUGAUGUCAU